AUGUCUCGCAGGCGAAUUCACUACAACCCCAAUGCUGCCACUGAGCGCUGCAUCCCAACCGACAUCCACGGUCUAAGUCAAUUCCACCGCUCUCUAGCCAACUAUGCUCCCACUCCUCUUGUAUCCUUACCUGAGCUUGCAGCCGAGCUAGGUGUCAAGGCAGUGUUUGCCAAAGACGAGAGUAACCGUUUCGGACUGCCAUCAUUCAAAGUUCUGGGCGCCUCCUGGGGUACUUUCCGUGCUGUGGCAUCGCAUUUGGGAUUGGCACCGACAGCGGCCCUGGACCAAGUUCGACAUAGCCUCGAAGAACACCCAAUAAAGCUCUUUGCAGCCACCGAAGGAAACCAUGGCCGCGCGGUAGCCUUCAUGGCCAAGAACCUAGGUGUUACGGCCCGAAUUUUUGUUCCUCGCUCGAUGGACGAGGGGACGCGGAAUCGCAUCGUUUCAGAAGGCGCAGAUGUGAUCAUCACCCGAGGAGACUACGACCAGGCAGUCCAAGACGCGUGGAAUGUUUCGCAGCAGACUCAUGGUGGGUUGCUUAUUCAGGAUACUGCAUUUGAAGGGUACGAGGAGGUUCCGUCGUGGAUUGUGGAGGGAUACUCGACGAUGAUGAGUGAAAUCGAUGAGCAAUUAGGCCAGCAGGACCUACAAAGUACAAUUACCGUUACCCCUGUCGGUGUGGGCAGUCUAGCACAUGCUGUAGUGCGACACUGCAAGUCGCGCAGUCCCCCAAGUGCGGUGGUGACUGUCGAACCGGACAGUGGGCCUUGCCUGAUUUCCAGCCUCAAUGCAGGCAGGAAGGUGGCGGUCAAGACAUCCUCGACAAUCAUGGACGGAAUGAACUGCGGUACAGUGUCUAUGACGGCCUGGCCGGACCUACAGCGAGCAGUGGAUGCUGCGAUCACGGUUUCAUCGUAUGAGAGUCACUGCGCCGUAGCAUAUUUGGCAUCGCACUCUGUACCCGCUGGACCCUGUGGAGGGGCAUCUUUGGCCGCUGUUCGCCAGCUGCGAGAGCUGGCCAAGAUCAAUUCCGCUAAUCCUACGCUGUCCGGGGCAGAUGGAGCUGGGGAAGGUGAGAUUGCCGAUUACCUCUCGGCAUGGUUUGCGCACCGUGAGAUUGAAUACCACCGCAUCGAGCCGGUGGCAGGCCGCCCGUCCAUUGGCGGAGUGUUGCGUGGGAGUGGUGGAGGUCAGUCGUUGAUGAUUAACGGCCACAUCGACACAGUCAGCUUGACCAGUUACGAACAUGAGCCAUUGUCUGGCCAACUGGGGGAAAAGAACAGCCAAGCCGUGGUAUUUGGACGAGGCAGCCUCGACAUGAAGGGUGGUCCGGCUGCUGCUCUAGCCGCAGCUGCAGCAAUCAAAACCAGUGGCCGUACCUUGCGCGGAGAUGCCAUUGUGGCUGCUGUUUCGGACGAAGAAAGUGCGUCGCAACGCACCCGCGAUGUCAUUGCUGCAGGAUGGCGCGCGGAUGCAGCAGUGGUACCCGAGCCCACCAUGGGAGCCAUCGCGAUUGGCCACCAAGGAUUCGUAUGGCUAGAAGUGGAUGUUCUGGGAGUUGCUGCGCAUGGAUCCGAUCCUUAG